UAAAAAGCAGACUGAAGCAAGGACAAAAGUAAAGCUCUAGGAGUCAUUGUGCCUAGACAAGAAAGAAGUCCUCUGCCUUUUAAUCAACAACCGGGGCUGCUGCCUUUCGCAAUGAGCAGAUCAGCUGCUCCCCUUUGUUCCCAUGUCACAGCAACCUCCAGCUUGAUUUGCUCACUGAAAGCUAGGAGGUCACCACACUCCUCAGUCUACCAGCUGCUGCUGGCCUGGCCAGUACUUCCUCAUGUAUCGCUGUAGCUUGGGAUUUGGGGCUCCUGAAAAAGGAAACACAAAGAUGGGGGGACACUUGCAUAUGCUAUCAAAGUGGCUGGUUCUGCUGAACUUCACGGCCUUGGAGGUCUCAUCCAUAGAAACAGUUAACCUGGUGGAUUUUUGUGGGCAGACCAUCAGAGACGACGGGCUGAUUAUCAAUUCGCACAGGGACUCCCGGCGCUACUACUUCGUGGCUACGGGGACGGACUGCUCCCUCACCAUGCAGGCCGCGUCGCCCAAAGACAAAGUCCAGUUCCAGUUCCGCUUCUUCUUGGUGUACAGCCUGCUGCGCCUGGCCCCCAGUGGCGGGCCCCCGUCCAACGCCACCCGAGCGCCUCUGCCCCCAGAGACCGCCCGGCCCAGCCAAAGGGGGCCUGGGCAGCCCUCAUCCGGUGGAGACUGGGAGCUUCAGGACCCCUGUAAUGCUGGAUCGUAUGUGCAAUUCUAUGAUGGCAGAGGUCGCGCCGCCGAGCCUCUGGGGUUCCCGCUGUGUGGGAAGAGCAUCCCCAGGCCCAUCCUGUCCACCGGGAACUACUUGACCCUGCGCUUGGUGACACGGGGGCAGCAGCCCCGGGUGGAUUUCGUGGGCGAUUUUACAUCCUUCCGUCUGGGCUUCAACAUGUCCGAGUGCAGCGAGGAGCCGUACUUCCAGUGCCGGAACAGCAAGUGCAUCCCCAUGAGCCUGGUGUGUGACCGGACGGGCAUCGAUAACUGCGGGGAUGGCUCGGACCAGGCAGCCCACCCCCCUGCCGCGUGCAGAGGCCGCCCUCCCACAUCAGCAUUUCUCCAGCCUGCGAGCAGCCCUGCAGCCCACGUCACCCCCUGCAUGGCAGCCUGUGGCGGGGCAGAGAAGAGCCAGCCCUUGGCCCCAGACACCGCGCCCCAGGACGAGCCUGCAGCAGGUGAGAGGAGCUCAUGCUCCCUGCUGGCCCUCUACCUCCUCCUGGGGCUGGGCGUGGGCUCAGCCCUCCUGCUCUGGUGCUGCUGGUCCCCUGGCUGGUUUGUCUGGAGACUCGGGACCUGCCGGUUCCUGCCUGGCUGCAACUCCAUGUGGGCCUCGUGCCAGCUCUGCCCCCACAGCUGUGCCCACAGGAACCAUGGCUGUUCCAGCAAAGUCACGCCGCAGCACAGCGCCGACCUGCCCAUCUGAUGUCAGCUACGCCAUCUGCGCCCUGGCCGGAGGAGCAGGGAUCCGACCUUUCCUGUCUGUGCUGCAGAGAUUCUCUCCGCUGGCUUGGGUCAUCGCAGGACGGGCUGCGGUUACGAGCUGGGGGGGCGGGGUGGGAAGAGGACGGGGCAGCUCCCAAUACCUCCUCUGCUCACUCCCAUAGACAGGCCAGGCCCCAUGCGCACCUCCCAUGGAUCGGCUCAGCUGCUUGCCCCCCAGCGGCAGCAGCCUCCGAAACACAAGGGCCCAGAGGGCUGCUAGGGAGCCCUGGAGUUGCCCCAGUGAGCAAUGCAGGUGGCGGAAGGAGCGACUGAUUCACCGGCUUGAAUGGGGAUUUGCCCCUUGCCUCCAAGCACCGUGCUGCUGGGGGCAGGCUGAGUCCCUCUCAGCUCUCUGUGUGUGAUUGUUGUCGUGACACCUGCUGCACCAAACACGUUGUCCCUCCACGUGACGUGAGCCCAGCAGGUUGUCCACAGCUAAUAAAACAAGUCGGCCCUUUGCUUUGGA